UUCUGAUGUUGCAGGACGGGAAAUGCUUUGAAUACUUACGACAUGGCCGCUUGCAUUGAUUGCCAAGAUUGACAGCAGUAACCAUCGUCUUUAUCUCGCUUCUGUUUUAGAAUAGAGAGGGAAAACGCGAUAAACAUACUUCCAUCUAAUCUCCACUCAGCAGUUUUGACAGUUCAACUUCAUAUAGCCAAAGCGGGAUUCCCUCUACGGUCAGUGGAAGCGAUACACUUUAGCUUUUUUUUCUUCUCCUUCUUUCUUUGCUCUACAACAGAUCAGUGUUCAUCAUUUAUAACCUAUUCCAAAACAAAAACGGGAUACAGCGAAGACGAGUGUUUGUGAUUGGUACCCCGCUCACAUCAAGGACUUUCUGCCCGUGGAUUUGUGGAGGACCUUGUGGCUUUGUGAGAGUAAAGAGCAUUUCCUAACUGGAUCCGCCAAGCAGAUAUAAAGACUACGGACAGAUCGCAGACGAACGCUUUUGGUGCCAGCCAUUUUCAUGAAUUCAAAAUCAACUCACCAGUGAUCUUUGGGAGCUGGGGAUCAAGUCUUUCUGUUUAUAAACCAAAUGCUGAACAUGGAGGGCUUUCUGCGUAGCAGCUUUUUACUGAGCAGAAUCAUGUUUUCCAAGCAAACCACCUCACCAUUUGCCUUGACCCCUGACGGAGGCGAAGAUGGAGUGAAUCAGGAGCGCAUGUGUUGGGAAAAGGAGGAGAACCUGGAGACGCUGGCUGCCCCUCAGCUGCCCCUACACAAUCUGCUCCACAACAAACCUUCUCCGGAGGAGCUUCAGCCAAUCAGCAGCAGUGUGCCACCUGAAUCUGACUGGGACAGCCUGAUUUCGGCCCAGCAGCGCAUGGAAUCGGACAGCAAUAAAGUGUGUUCCUUGUACUCCUUCCGGAAUAAUUCUACCUCUCCGCACAAGCCAGAAGAGGGAGCCAGGGAGCGCGGUGACCUGCUGAGCAGCUCAGCUUUCGGAACGCCAGAGCGCCGCAAAGGAAGCUUGGCCGAUGUGGUGGACACACUGAAACAGAAGAAACUGGAAGAGAUGACAAAGACAGAGCAAGACGAAUCCUCCUGCAUGGAGAAACUCCUUUCUAAAGACUGGAAAGAGAAGAUGGAGCGACUCAACACAGGUGAACUGUUAGGAGAAAUCAAAGGUACUCCAGAGAGUCUUGCAGAAAAGGAGCACCAGCUCUCCGCCAUGAUCACUCAGCUCAUCAGCCUAAGAGAGCAGCUCCUCACUGCCCAUGAUGAACAGAAGAAACUUGCCGCCUCGCAGAUGGAGAAACAGCGUCAACAAAUGGAACUGGCACGCCAACAACAAGAGCAGAUUGCCAGACAACAGCAGCAACUUCUGCAGCAACAGCACAAAAUCAAUCUCCUUCAACAGCAGAUCCAGCAGGUCCAGGGUCACAUGCCUCCGCUCAUGAUCCCCAUUUUUCCACACGACCAGCGCACUCUAGCAGCAGCUGCGGCAGCCCAGCAGGGCUUCCUUUUUCCCCCAGGCAUGUCCUAUAAGCCAGGUGAUAACUACCCAGUGCAGUUCAUUCCAUCCACAAUGGCAGCUGCUGCCGCUUCAGGACUUAACCCUCUCCAGCUUCAGCAACUCUACGCUGCCCAUCUGGCCAGCAUGCAGGUCUCUCCAGGAGCCAAGAUGCCUUUGCUGCCCCAGCCCCACAAUUCUGGUGGGUCCAUCUCCCCGUCUGGCUUGAAAAACGAGAAGAGGGCCUCUACCCCACUCACUCAAGUGAAGGAGGAGGGAACACAGCCCCUCAACCUCUCUGCCCGACCCAAGACAGCUGAGCUGGUCAAAUCCCCCACAUCCCCCUCACAGAGCCUCUUCCCAGGCAGCAAGAGCAGCCCGAACCACCUUUCCAAGAGCAGAGGUAUCCCCAGCCCAAUUGGAGGAAUGGGCCGUGGCUCGUCUCUAGAUAUCCUGUCCAGCCUGAGCUCAACAACACUGUUCGGAGAUCAGGAUGCUGUGAUGAAGGCCAUCCAGGAAGCCAGGAAGAUGAGGGAGCAGAUUCAGAAAGAGCAGCUACAGCAUCAUCAGCAGGGCAUUGAGGCCAAACUGUGUGCCCUCACUGGCAUGGGCCUGAACAACUGCAGGGCUGAUAAGGAAAGGUCUCAUUAUGACAACCUGAGCCAUCACCUAGGUAAACUAGGUGAGGAUGGAAAGAUCGGUCACAGAGUCAUCGACCUCACCAGGCCAGAGGAUUUUGAGGGAGGCGCCAGCAAUACUGAAGCACGGGUCUACAGGGAACCUCGGGGAAGGAACAGCAAUGAACCUCACAUUAAACGGCCCAUGAACGCCUUCAUGGUCUGGGCCAAAGAUGAGCGCCGCAAAAUCCUCCAGGCCUUCCCAGACAUGCACAACUCCAACAUCAGCAAAAUCUUGGGAUCUCGCUGGAAGUCCAUGACAAAUCAGGAGAAACAGCCGUAUUAUGAGGAGCAGGCACGGCUCAGCAAAAUCCACCUGGAGAAAUACCCCAACUACAAGUACAAACCUCGGCCUAAGCGCACCUGCAUCAUUGAUGGCAAGAAGCUGCGAAUCGGCGAGUACAAGCAGAUGAUGAGGUCGAGGAGGCAGGAGAUGAGGCAGUUCUUCACUGUAGGGCAGCAGCCACAGACACAGAUUCCCAUCACCACCAGCGCAGGUGUCGUCUACCCUGGUGCCAUAACCAUGGCGACCACCACGCCCUCCCCUCACAUGACAUCAGACUGCUCCAGUGCAUCAGCCAGCCCUGAGCCUACCAUCCCCAUCAUUCAGAGCACCUUCAACAUUAAGAUGGAGUCCGGCAGCCUGGUACCCAACAACCCAGUGAAUGGAGAGGAUGAGAUGGACAUGUACGAGGACUUUGAGGAUGAGCCCAAAUCGGACUACAGCAGUGAGAAUGACACACACGAGCAUGUCAGUGCCAACUGAGACAGCGAAGAAUAUCCUUUUAUUAGAGGGAAUACUGAAGAAGAUGGAAGAGAAAAAAUAAGUAAAUCCAAAAUAGAAAAACUUGUUUCUGAUGAUAUACCUUUUGGGAGCCAGCAUGCAGAUGUGGCUCCUGCAGAUUUAACAGCUAUUGUGUUUUAUUUUGGGAGUUUUAUUGUAUUGAUUUAUUUCCUUGUGUUUUGAUCAUGAACAAUUUAGGGUAUUUCCUACAAUAUUUUGGAUAGUAGGACAUUUCAUAUGAAUGCAUAACUCAGUCUUACUUCAUUUCAUAUAAAUGUACACAUGCACAGUACAUGUACUUUUUUUUUAAGCGUACAUUACUGUUUUUGAUGGGGUUCUAUAUCUCACUCAGGUAUGCUGUACCAGCCAACAGCUUGUGAAUGUUUUUAAUCAGAACUAUUUAAACUGAAAAAACUGAAAACAAAACUUAAUUUGAGAUUUCAUAAAGCGAAAACAUUUACAAGUCCUUCUGAACCAUAGAGGGAAAUUCUAAAACUCCCCAUUAAUAUUAGUAUUAUUAUUUUGAUUUAUGUUGUUGUUUUAAAAUGUCCAGAUGUGCCAAACAUAUCAUAAGCUUCCUGCUCUUAAAUCUUAAAAUGUAAAGUCUUAAGGGAGACACCGCACGAGUCUCAGACAAUCCUUACAAUAUCACAGAACUUAAAAAGCCCACGCUUUUCACCUCUCCAUUGAAUACCAUGUUAAAUUGCUCAGGAACUAAGAGUGUCAUAGUUCUCUGGGAGGUUGAAUGCAGUGAUUGCCCAAACAGCACCCUCUCUCAGCCCUCUAGUUCAGUCUUACCCGCUCAGUUCUUAAUCACACUGAUUGUAAUCAGGCCAGAAUGCCAAGGGGCCAAAUGGCAUCCAAUCUGCAGAAUUGGCAGUGAAAGGCAGCUUUGGUGUAUUACAAUCACAAAUUGCUGUUGUGCAAUAUGUACAUGCACAUUCUGCUAAACUCUUUAGCCCCGUUUUCCAGGGCAGAACGUUUAAAGUCUAUUAUUUACGCUUAAGUCUUUUGGACAUUGUAAAUCUUAACUGACAGAAGAUAGUCUUAAAGCAGAGCACACCCUUUGGGUUUCUGCAGUGUGUUCAUCAUUAAGUCUUAAGAGAACACCCAGUUUACCUGGAUGUUUUUGGCCAGUUAUGCAAAGUGUUGGGGGAGUAAAUAACAAAAUAUGGCAUUUAUUUGAUAAAUCUUCCUUUCAAAAAAAUUGUGGAUAUAUACUGCCUAUGCGCUUGGAGAAUUUUGCAUUUAAACCAUAUUAUUUUUACAAUAUUUAAAUAUAUGCUUCAACUAGUUGAUCUGAAAAUGUAGAAAAGACAAAUCUGCCGAAUGUGGCAAUUUCAAUCAUUUUGCUUGGAUUGGAUCUGUUUUGAGCACUUGAAAAAGAAAAAAACAAUCAAGUCAAUACAUUUACACUCAUGCUGCUAAUGUGUCCUUUGUAUUCAAAUAGGCAGUCCUGCAGCUCAACUAAAUCAUGCGGUAGAACAGAUCUCAGGUUGUUUCCAUGUGGAAGGACAGCCAAGAAGCAGCUAGCGGUCAGGGCCUCUUGUUUUAGAUUUUGGCCCUAAUGAAAGCUCCAGCAGGGCAUGAAUGCCAUUCACCUCUAUUUACCUGACCUCUGCCCAGCGUACACCCUGCCUCAAGGGGCUGCCAUCUGGCUCCCAGCACCGGCCCAUGCCCAAGAGAAGGUACCAAACAAUGGAGACGAGGCCCGUGUGGUUUAUUUUAUAUGGUGUCUCUUCAUCAAAGUUUACGUGAAAGGCCGCGGCCAGAAGAUGCCCAUGAGGUGCUAGCGAGCAGAUGGAACAAGUAGAUCAAGCUGUGGGGGAUUAUUAAAAUGACUGACGAGUCGCUAUCAUCUGAAAUACAGCAUUAUUAAUGCAUGAGUCCCACUAUUUUCCCUUUGCCCUUGAACCUGCCUGUUUCAUCAGUAACCUAGUGAUUAGAAUAGACAGUAAAUGUCAUAGUGAGGCUGCUGGUCACUGUAUUACCCCCAAAGGUCUAAAUGGUACCAAUGGGUAUUAAGCGCUUAUUUCUCCAGCAGUUAAAGCAUUAACUCUUAUACUUAGCCCCCCUCUUUGAAAAGCAUUUACUUAAUUCAUAGAAGUUUUGAGCAGUAAUCUAGAAGCUUGUAUUCGUACCUUUAUUUUGUUUGUUUUGUUUUAGUUUGUUGUAAUUUUUACAUAAGGGACAGUACUUGGCUGGGUGUCCCUUGACAUCCACAUUCACAUUCAUUCUGUUUUGUUUUUUCACUGCUUAUAAGCCAAUGUUUACUGUUUAAAGCUGUUAUAUCUGUUUGCUGGUGGAUUGGUUGAUUUGUACAUGAUUUGUACAUAUUUCCUUGAUAAGCCAGUUCUGUAGGCUGGUAGUAGACAAAAGGACUGUGUUUGGGACUGAAACUUGAUUGCGCUUGUAUAAGUCUAAAAAAAAAAUGUCAAUCUUACACAGAGACAAUGAUUCAUAAGUGUUACAAGCACUGGAUAUAAAUGGUAUUUUUAUCAAUUCUGACUAAUGUGAAGCUGUUGUGCGAGAAAAAAAGAAAGAAAAACAAUCUACAUGAACUAGUCACCUGUUUGGACUCAUGUGAGCACGCCUCACAGUUGCCAGAUUUUAGUAAUUUUUCUUUCAACAUUUUUUGUUUAUUUAUGCAAAGACACAUGAUGAAUGAACACUUUGUUUAAGCUCCAGUGCUGCCUAGGGGAGAAAGAGCAGUAUACUCGACGGAGAGGCUCAUGUAGUGACUGGCCAACUGAGACGCACCGGACUUCAGUAGCACAUUUUAAUGGUCAUCUAUGUUUGUGUUGUAUAUUGUAUUUGAAGCUCUCUAGUGCAUAUAGACAUUUAUUGUAUUUAUUAGCCAUUGUUGGCUCUAAAAGUGUCAGUAGAACAUAAUUAAAGGACAAUCAGAGAACAAGAAUAAAAAAAGUAAAAUUUUAAACCGAAUUGGAGCUCAAAACAGUUUCUUUUUCUUUAAAACAAAUUUUUUUUUUGCCAUCUCAUCAUUUUUUUUUUCUCUUUGCAUUGUAAAUAUAAAAUAGGAAAAUAGAAUUCUAUUUUUGUUCAUGGAUACUUGUACUGAAGUAUAAAUUAUGUAUUUUACUUUUUCAUUUUUUGUGUAUGUUGUUGGUCAUUGUUAAAAAAAAAAAAGAGAAAAAAAGAAAUCACAAACUGACAAUUCACUGUACCUCAUGUAGUUGCUGAAUGCGCACCCCUGUUGAUUGAGUAGUACUGGUCAGACACCUGAGACACCCGGGCAUCUCACUUUCGUGUGUUUCAGUGAUGAAUUUCGCACUCCAUGCUGAGUUAACCAGCCAUUUCCUAUUACAUUCUGGCUUCCUUCUAUGUUGUAAGUGCAUUCUUUAACAAAGGACAAAUCUUAAAAUCAGUGCAUGUAAUAAUUUGUCUUUUUUUUUUUUUUUUCUAAAUGCAGAGGUACUUGCUGAAAUUUUUAUAAUUGGUUAUGUGCCAAAUUUGGAUGAGAGAAUAUAUAAUUGCAGGGCAUCAGUUGUGCCAUAUCAUACAGCAUCAUUUGAAAACACACCUGAGCAUACUUUUCAUUGGGGAUGUGCAAAUAAUUAUUUGUUUUUUAUGCUGCACAAUGCAGACCCACUCUGUGCAUUUGAGGUUCUCAUACAGUAUUAUUCUCUGUGUUGUUUCAUAGUGUUUAAUAGAACUUUUCCCAUCCAGCCAACAGCAACUAAGACUAUAAUACAUAACUUUCACUGCCAUAUAAAUGCAAAGUAGGUACAAUAACUGAGGACAAAGUGUGGGUGUUUCUACUUAUCUUACUGUAAUGCUUUUUUUUUGUUUUGGUAUGGUCUUUUGUGAUGUAUAUUGUGGGAUAGUUUUUGUUAAUUUAAUCAGCACAUUUCACUGACAUGCUGGACUGACAUGCUAGCUGCAGUUCAGAAGAAUACAAUUUUGCUGUCAGAGGCAACACUUGCUGUUGUCAUUGGUACUUUGCUUUUAGAUUUCUGUUGUCUUUCAAGAAACAUUUUGUGUAGCUCCUCUUUCGCUAGGGACACUCUUAUUUUGACUUCUGCUAGCAGCCUGAUAACACUUUUUUCUUUCAUUUUGUCUUUGUGUGCUUGUGCGUGCACACGCGUGUGUAUAGAUACCGGUUUCUCAGCAGGUACAUACAUCCAUGGCAGGUAUUAAUUUUCAGGCAUUAAAGAUAGUAUAGUAUUUGUUGCUGCUUUUGAAAGAAAAAAAAAGUUUUAAUCCUGAAAGUGUAAAUAGUUUAUCAUAAUAUCUUGUACAGUCCAGUGUAAAGUUUUUAAUUGAUCUUAAAAAAGUUUUCCAUCACAUUUGUGUUCACAUUCUUCUUUAUACAGUACAAAAGACAGCUAUUUGCUAAGGAUAUUAUUGUUUAAAAAAAAAUAAAAAAAAAAACGUACUAAAAAUAUUUUUGCUUGGCUUUAGUAUGUAAACCAGCAAGCCAUUGGUUUCCAUGUGCAGUAUUGACGUGAGGUAAAUUAAUUAAUGCUACAGUUGUAUGUCCAGAGACUAUUCGUCUCUGUAAUGGUAGUAUUAUUAUAUCAAAUAAAAAAUACCAGAUGAAUGACACAUUUUGGUGUAUUUAGACACCUUUGUGGAUUGUACAAAUAUCUAGGUUGUCUCCCCACAAGCAGCAUUUGGCAUAUUGUAAUGUAACACAUUUCUACAGUAUAUUCUCAAUUCACUGAUGUACAACGGCAGAUGAGGGUGUUCCUGCCUGUUUGCUUAUUUACCUCAAGAGUUCCUCUUUUUCCAUAUAGGAUAGACUACACACACGUAUGACAAAAUCGUCUCACCAUCAUUCAAUCUUUUGUACUGCUGUUGACACUUACAAAUUAAA